UUGAAAGCCAGCAAGAUGAAAUCCAACAAAACGAUGUGAUUACUAGAGCUAGUUGCUCAUAUAUAGGAAACACAGAGAUUAAUGAAGAUUCAAGCUAUACGGCGAACAAAGAAACUGGCGAACCUGAAAAUAGAUUCACAAAGGACGAUCCUAUCUACAAGCUCUUUCAACGUGUCUUUGUAAAUGAUUCUUGGAGUUGUGCAUCUUCAAUUGAAAAACCUACUAUUCGGCAGGAAUCUUCCCCCAGUGAACGUCCAUUUUGUGCCAGAUGUGGUGGAAAAUCUCUACCAAAAAAGCGUUAUAAGUGGAGUCCAA